AUUUUAUAGAAAGAAAGAAACUGAAGGCUUGAAAUAAUGAUGAUCCUCUUCACUCAUUAAGCCACUCACACUAUAAGCAGCAAAACUACAGAAAGGUGAAAGCAUGAUGAUCUCUAAUGAUGAUGAUCUUCUUGGAUCGAUAUCUCUAAGGUUUUGCAGUUUCUUCGAAGACCCUUCUUCCCUUUCACUUCUCUGAACUUCAGAUUUGUGUCGGAGAUAUCUUUUUAUUAUUCUGAUGUUACAAUGGCAGACAAGAUAUUCACUUUCUUCCUUAUCUUGUCUUCAGUCUCUCCUCUCCUUUGUUCUUCUUCGGGCUCAUCUCUUAAUCUCUCACUAGUAAGACAAGCCAAAGUCCUUGUCUCUCUAAAGCAAAGAUUUGCUUCCUAUGAUCCUUCCCUCGAUUCAUGGAACAUUCCAAACUUCAUUUCCCUCUGUUCUUGGACAGGCGUUUCUUGCGACAACUUGAACCAGUCCAUUACACGUCUCGACAUCUCUAGCCUCAACAUCUACGGCACGCUCUCGCCAGAGAUCCAUAAGCUCUCGAGCCUAGAGGUCUUAAACAUCUCAAACAACGCCUUCGAAGGAGAGCUUGAGCCACUUGAGUUCGGUCAAAUGUCUCAGCUCGUGACUCUCGACGCUUACAACAACAACUUCGACGGAUCACUUCCUCUGUCUCUGACCAAACUCACUAAGCUCGGUCACUUAAAUCUUGGAGGAAACUACUUUCACGGUGAGAUCCCUAGAAGCUACGGAGAUUUCUUGCGUCUCAAGCAUCUAGAUUUAUCUGGAAAUGACCUAAGCGGAAGAAUCCCCAACGAGUUAGGAAACAUCACGACUCUUGAAAAGCUAUACCUAGGUUACGACAACGAGUUCCACGGGAUACCUGCAGGCUUAGGGAGCUUGAUCAAUCUUGUUCUGUUGGAUUUAGCUAACUGCAGCUUGAGAGGAUCAGUUCCUACAGAACUAGGGAAACUCAAGAACCUGGAGGUUCUGUUUCUUCAGAUCAACGCACUCACAGGUUCUAUUCCUAGAGAGUUAGGGAACAUGACAAGCCUCAAGGCUCUUGAUCUCUCCAACAACUUUCUAGAAGGAGUGAUUCCUCUAGAGCUCUCUGGACUUCAAAAGCUUCAAGUGUUCAACCUCUUCCUCAACAGACUACACGGCGAGAUUCAUGAGUUCGUAUCUCAACUUCCUGAUCUCGAAGUUCUCAAGCUUUGGCACAACAACUUCACCGGGAAGAUUCCUAAGAAGCUUGGAUCGAACGGUAAGCUCGUGGAGAUCGACUUGUCAACCAAUAAACUCACAGGUUUGAUCCCUGAGACGCUCUGUUUUGGAAGGAAGCUAAAGAUUCUCAUUCUCUUCAACAACUUCUUGUUCGGUUCUCUCCCUAAAGACCUUGGCCAAUGCGAGCCGCUUUGGAAGUUGCGUCUAGGUCAGAACUUUCUGACGGGUAAGCUGCCAAAGGGUUUGGUUUAUUUGCCGCAUUUAUGGCUUCUUGAGCUUCAAAACAACUUCUUGGCCGGAGAAAUCGAAGAACAAGAAGCCGGAAAAGCAAGAUCGUCGUCUAACCUCACUCAGAUCAAUCUGUCUAACAAUAGGUUAUCCGGACCGAUCCCUGGUUCAAUCAAGAACCUAAGAAGCCUUCAGACUCUUCUUCUUGGCGCGAACCGGUUCACUGGACAGAUCCCUGGUGAAAUAGGAAGUUUGAAGAGUCUUUGCAAGAUUGACGUGAGCGGUAAUAGCUUGUCAGGCAAGGUACCUCCAGAGUUAGGCGAGUGUCAGUCACUGACCUACUUAGAUUUGAGCCAUAACCAGAUCUCUGGUCAGAUUCCGGUUCAGAUUUCGCAGAUUCGGAUUCUAAACCAGCUCAAUGUUUCUUGGAAUUUGUUAAACCAGAGUCUCCCUGUUGAGCUUGGAUACAUGAAGAGCUUAACAUCAGCAGAUUUCUCACACAACAACUUCUCCGGUUCAGUACCAACUCUAGGGCAAUUCUCUUACUUCAACAGCACGUCAUUCCUUGGAAACCCUUUUCUCUGCGGAUACUCUUCCAACCCUUGCAACGGUUCUCAAAACCAAUCUCAGUCUCAGCUUCUUAACCACAAAAACGCCAAUUCCCUUGGAGAAAACUCCGCGAAAUUCAAGUUGUUAUUAGGGUUAGGGAUACUAGGGUUCUUCUUGGUGUUCAUCGUUUUAGCUUUGGUCAAUAAUAGGAGAAUGAGAAGGAAUAGUCCGGAUCUAUGGAAGCUCAUAGGGUUUCAAAAGCUAGGUUUUCGAAGCGAGCACGUUUUGGAAUGCGUUAAAGAGAACAAUGUGAUCGGUAAAGGCGGUGCAGGGAUCGUCUACAAAGGCUUAAUGCCAAACGGUGAAGAAGUUGCGGUCAAGAAGCUCUUAGCCAUAAGCAAAGGAUCAUCACACGACAACGGCUUAUCCGCUGAGAUUCAGACAUUAGGUAGUAUCAGACACAGAAACAUUGUGAGAUUGCUCGCUUUUUGUUCAAACAAAGACGUGAAUCUCCUUGUUUACGAGUACAUGCCUAACGGUAGUCUCGGAGAAGCCUUGCACGGGAAAGCAGGAGUGUUUUUGAAAUGGGAAACGCGGCUACAAAUAGCGUUGGAAGCGGCAAAAGGAUUGUGUUAUCUUCACCACGAUUGCUCGCCGCUAAUAAUUCACCGCGAUGUGAAAUCAAACAACAUCUUGUUAGGACCUGAGUUUGAAGCUCAUGUUGCUGAUUUUGGGCUUGCUAAGUUUAUGAUGCAAGACAUUGAAGCUUCACAGUGUAUGUCAUCGAUCGCAGGCUCGUACGGCUACAUCGCUCCAGAAUACGGAUACACACUGAGAAUAGACGAGAAGAGCGAUGUGUACAGCUUCGGAGUGGUUUUACUGGAGCUAAUAACGGGUCGAAAACCACUAGAUAAAUUUGGAGAGGAAGGAGUAGACAUUGUGCAAUGGUCAAAGAUUCAGACAAAUUGUAAUAGACAAGGUGUGAUAAAGAUCAUUGACCAGAGAUUGAGCAAUGUGCCAAUGAGAGAAGCCAUGGAACUGUUCUUUGUGGCAAUGUUAUGUGUUCAAGAACACAGCGUGGAAAGACCGACCAUGAGAGAGGUUGUCCAGAUGAUUUCUCAAGCUAAACAGCCCAAUACUAUCUAAAUCCAGUGGUUUUAUUUACACGAGUUAAAUAUUUUUGUAAUGUUCUAUGUGUUUUAUAGAGUUGUUUUAGAAAUGUAAUGAUGGGUAAUGGGUUGGUGGUGA